AAGCUUUCCACGGAUCUGUGAACUAAAAGAGAACUGCUUACUUCUCUGCAUUAGAUGUUUAAUUCAACUUUUACAAUACCCAUUUCUUUAAAUCAAGAAGGCCUUGAGGUUACCCAGAGAAAGAUAUUUCUUUGAAGCAUUUCAGAGAAUUUAAUCAGCUUGGAAUUUUUAAACUUUGAAACAGCUCAGACUUCAACCAUUUCCUCAAGAUGAAAAUUGAUUGAAAGAAGGGUUCAGCAUGAAUUGCUCUGCAUUGCUAUCUCUCAUGCUGAUGCUGGUUCAGCUUUGGUCUUGUUCUCCAAGUACGCAGAUUCACAGCGCUCAAAACAUAGAUCUGUCUUUCACAGCAUCUCGAAGAGUGAAACGUGGCUGGCUGUGGGAGCCACUUUUUGCAACUGAGGAACAGACUUCAGUGGUGCCUGUGUAUGUUGGACAGCUGAAAUCAGAUUUAGACAAGCAGGAUGGCAAGCUAAAAUACAUUUUGACUGGAGAGGGAGCUGGAAGCAUUUUUACCAUUGAUGAAAAUAAUGGCAAAAUUUAUGUGACACAAAAGCUGGAUCGAGAAAAGAAACCCUUCUACACCCUAAGAGCACAAGCAAUUAACAGGAGCACUCAGCUUCCAGUUGAACCUGAAUCAGAAUUUAUUAUCAAGGUUCGAGACAUCAAUGAUCAUGAACCACAGUUCUUGGAUGGACCUUAUGUUGCCACUGUUCCAGAGAUGUCACCUGAAGGUACUUCGGUUACACAGGUAACAGCUACAGAUGGUGAUGAUCCUUCUUAUGGGAAUAGUGCUCGUCUACUUUACAGUCUCAUUCAGGGACAGCCUUAUUUUUCUGUGGAGCCAAAGACAGGCGUCAUCAGAAUGGCUUCCCAAAUGGAUAGAGAAACAAAAGAUCAGUAUUUGGUCAUCAUCCAAGCCAAAGAUAUGGUUGGGCAAGCAGGGGCAUUUUCAGCUACAGCCACUGUUACCAUCAACCUCUCCGACAUCAAUGACAAUCCACCUAAAUUUCAACAGCGACUCUAUUAUCUGAGCGUCUCUGAAGAGGCUCCUGUGGGCACUACUGUAGGCACAGUCUUCGCAGAAGACAGCGACAUAGGGGAGAAUGCAGCCAUGAACUAUUUCAUUGAAGGAGAUAGCUCAGAUGUUUUUGACAUCAUUACUAACAAUGAGACUCAAGAAGGAAUUAUCUUAUUAAAAAAGAGAGUGGAUUAUGAGAGCAAGAGGAGAUACAGUAUUCAAGCAAAAGUUGUAAACAGGUACACUGAUGACCGUUUUCUGAAAGAAGGACCAUUUGAAGACAAAACCAUUGUGAAAAUCAAUGUGGAAGAUGCUGAUGAACCUCCAGUUUUCACCCUGGAGAACUAUGUGAUGGAGAUUGCUGAAGCAGCUGUGAGUGGUUCGUUGGUGGGCGUUGUAACUGCUAGAGAUCCAGAUGAUGAUGACUGCCCAGUCAGGUACUCUAUUGUCCACGGCAUGCAUUUAAAGAGAUUGUUCAGCAUCAAUGAACACAAUGGAACAAUCGUUACAACUAAACCUCUGGACCGAGAGAUAGCUUCUUGGCACAACAUAACUGUUACAGCCACAGAAACAAGAAACCCUGAAAAAAUUUCAGAAGCAAAUGUAUAUAUUCAAGUUCUCGAUGUUAAUGAUCAUGCACCAGAAUUCCCUAAAUAUUAUGAAACAUUUGUUUGUGAAAAUGCAGUUUCUGGCCAGCUAAUUCAAAGCAUCAGUGCAGUGGAUAAAGAUGACUCAGCAGAAGGUCACCAUUUUUACUUCUCAUUGGCUGAGGAAUCCACAAACAACUCACAUUUUACUGUCAAAGAUAAUCAAGAUAACACAGCUGCAAUUUUCACAGCAAGAAGUGGCUUCAGAAGGCAAGAACAGUUUUCUUUCUACUUGCCAAUCUUAAUUCUGGAUAAUGGAACCCCACCACUGACGAGCACAAAUACUCUCACUAUCACUGUCUGCGACUGUGACACCGAAGUUAAGACCUUCUAUUGUCGAUAUGGAGCUUUCAUGUAUGCCAUGGGUCUGAGCACAGAAGCUUUAGUUGCUGUUUUGGCUUGUAUACUGAUACUCCUAGUGUUCUUUUUGGCAAUUGUAGCCAUAAGACAGCAGAGGAAGAAGUCUCCCUUUUCAGAGAAAAUGGAAGAAUUCAGAGAGAACAUUGUCAGGUAUGAUGAUGAAGGAGGUGGUGAGGAGGACACAGAAGCCUUUGAUAUUUCAGCACUGAGGACCCGGACUGUUAUGCGAACACACAAACCUCGGAAGAACGUCACCACAGAAAUCCACAGCCUCUAUAGACAGUCUCUGCAAGUUGGCCCUGACAGUGCAAUCUUCAGGCAAUUCAUUUCAGAGAAGCUUGAAGAAGCAAAUACAGACCCUAGUGCUCCUCCAUAUGACUCACUUCAGACCUAUGCAUUUGAGGGGACAGGCUCUUUGGCAGGAUCCCUCAGCUCUUUAGGUUCAAACAUGUCAGAUGUGGAUCAGAGUUAUGACUACCUUACAGACUGGGGACCUCACUUUGAACAGCUUGCAGGCAUGUACUCUUCUCAUAGAAAUGCAGGGGAUUAGUUACUCCUUGGUCUAUUGUUUUAUUUUCCUAAAUCUCAAAAAUGAAAAACACCUAUGUUUUUUAAAAAAAGGAGAUCAUCCCACAUUUAAGCAUGAAAAAUAAAAGGCCAAGGGUUUGGGAUGGUUAUUUUUUUUGGGGGGGUGGGAAAUUCUUGAAUGUAGAAAUCUUUUGAAAAAUUACACCAAGUGUGUCAUGAGGCAAGGGGAUGGAGACUCCCAUCUGAAUAUACCUCAUGGCUAUUUAGGUGCCCAAAUGCAAACUGUGCUGCUUUGGAUAUCUAGCCCCCCUUCUGGAUACUGAAAACCUGGGUCCUGCAAGUACAAAAGGAGGAGUAGAAGCCAUAAAUGGAUAUUGUAAAUAUUUUGUCAUCAAUAAGCUUUAAACUGUUUCCAAAGUUAAGACAGAUUUUUGCUGUUGCAGUUGAACAUACUCAUUAACCAAAGUUAAACAUACAUGUUUGUAUAAUGCUUCAUUAUAUAAAUAUACUUGUGUGAAAACGUAGACCCUAGAUAUUCUAAUACAAUUGUCAGAAGCACUCACAGAAUCAUCUAUUUAUUGUUCUUAGGAUGAUAAAACUAAACCAAAUGUCUCUUCCUCUCAAUGUACAAAUAAAGACUAUUACAACGGCAGCAAGUAUUUGCUGCCAUUUUAGUUUUUAAUGGAGCUAUUGGAAAAUAUAUAAACCAAUUCUUGAUUUAGCAAAUAAGACAGAAAAAAAGAAAUCAGUCCAAGUUAGAAUCAAUAUUCAAUGUAAAUACUGCAAUUGACCACAUUAUAUAUUACUGUACUUAGAACAAAAUGCUUUCCAAAUACAGGCAUUUUUCCUUUUAUUAAGAGUUUAAAGGAUGACUGAUUUACCAGCACAGAUUUAUUUUUUUAUUGUGGAAUAUAAAAUUAUCUGCAGUAGUCAGUUUUAUUAUAACAAUAUUAAAAUGCUAAGCUGAUGGUUAUAAAACUUAAUGUAUAACAUUAGAUAAUAAGAUAAUAAAAUGCUUUAAUGUUAAUCCAUUUUUGAAAAUGAUCCUGAAUCAUUCUGAGAGACUCAAGUCAGAUUUCAAAAUUAAUUUUCCACUGUAUUUUUUCCAAGCAUUCCAUAAUGAAUAGAAAUCUGUCGCAGAAUAUUUCUUUAGUCUUACUUAUAUCACUACCCAACAGCAAUUUUGGAUCUGAGGGUCAUAAAAUAUGUUCCAAAUGGUCUGCGUGGAAAAAGCAACCUGCCUGUUUUUUAUUCACGUCUCUUCCAUCAGGUACUUAUUUUACAGAAAUUACAUCAUGUAAUCAACUGAUAUAUUUCCAUGGCUAAAAGCUGGCAUCAGGAUAAAGAAAAUUGUGACUUUUUUUUUUUUGUUCCUUUAUUUUUUUUUAAAGUAAGAUUUUAGGUAAGCACUACUGAAUUAGAGAGAGCCAGGCAAAGCUUAUGCAAGGAAAAAAACAACAACAAAAAAACCCCAACAAACAAAAAUCAGUAGUGUAACAUACAAACUCUGCAAUGUUUGCUACAAUUGCUGUUCACUGAAGAAAACCAAGGCAUAUAGGCUUAGUGGGAAAGGUGCCAGUGCAGAGUUUAAGUUCCUGUCAGCUAAAAAUAAAACAUGUGGAGGAGUUUGAAAAUCAGGAGAGAUUUCCAAUGUGAGGUUUGGUAAGGGCAGAAACAUUAUUCAUGAUAUUCAUAGCUGGAAAAAUACCAGGGUGGGUGUGGGGGUGUGUGUGGGGAUUUAUCCAACCAGGUGCAGAUGAAGCAGCAUCUGCUUCAUAAGGAAAAUCUGGCUUUUGCCAGUCUCAUGCUAGGAUGCCAGUAUGAAUGAGCAGCUACAAAACAGCUUUAAAAGAUUCACAAGUAAAAACAUUGUAUUAAUGACACUAACAUUUGUGUUCAAUGACUCCCAAACAGAUGUGACAAAACAACUUUUAUUUGAGAUAAUAUUGUACAUAUCAGUAAUUUGUUCCAUGGUGAAAAAACAACUGUACAUGUACUGUUUGUUGGAGAUGGUGAAAAGUACAUUUUUAGGAUUAGGUCUAUAGAUUUGUGCAGGUUAUACCCUAAACAAAUCCGUAUUCCACAGACGGUCCCAGUGGCAUUAAUAGAAUUCAUCAUGCUUUCAGGUUGUAUUUAGCACAAAAAGGAUAAUAGUGUCUGAUCCUUUCUCAAUCCAGAGAUUUUGUCCAUUUAUGUGGGGAAAUAGCUUUGAACACUCAACCAUAUCUGCACUUUUAUUAUAAUUGCCUCUUUUUACUGCAAGGAACUUAAACAAUAAAAGAUUUCUGCAACCAGUGCAUACCACUGUCAUGUAAUUUUUGUACCCCAUGUAUGCCAUUGUUAGUAACUUCUACAUGAAAGACCAUAAUGGCUUACAAUAGAUCUUAAAUGAUCUUUAGCUGAAAAAGCAUAAGACUGAGCUCUCACAGCAGAGAAAGGGACUGUUUUGCUCUGAAGAGAGAAGUUAUUCCUAGCUGUUACUGGGCCACAUCUUAUUAGGUUCCUGGUAUUCAAUUUAAGUCAAACCUGUCCAUCUAUUUCCACAUGUGAGAAAAGAAUCAGUGAACUGACCUGGUAAAUUCACACUUCUUUUAACAUAUUGCACUUAAUAUGGCUGAAAAAUAUCUGCAAAAUCUUUUGUAGAGGUGUCUGCUAAUUUAAAGGAAGUAAACAUUCUGAGGAAGCCAAAUUUAAAUGCAUAAGGGAUAUCACAAUAAUUAAUAGUAUGAAAUUAAUAAAGGAUAAGAGUUCCUGAUGAUGCGAUCUAUUAAACUGUGGAAUGGUUCUCUCAAGAGAAUCCUCCAUUACCUUUAUCUUUUAACAUUUGUUAGUAGCUAGAAUUAUCUAUGCUAUUGGCCGAAGUGAAGAAUACAACUUUGGUACCAGAUGGUAUAUAUAUAUUCAGCUAUGUAUUACCUGCCUGAGGGAAUAUAAGGAUGACUUACUGACUGGUCAAAGGAACUAUAGUCAUACACAUUGCUUUUCUGUAUGAGUGCUUUGAAGAGGUGUUCCUGUAUAUUUCUUUUUCUGUAACAUGGUAAUGAGAAAGGCUAAGAACUGGUGAAAUACUUAACAAAAGAUUGGCUUCCUCUUUUAGACCUUGCUCAUAGGGAUUCAGUGUUGUGUUAUUGGGUUUAUUAUUUAAAAGCUAAGGAAAAGAAGACUAUGCAGAUAUUAAUAAAUGCUUAGCAUUCAGAUGUUUGAAGUUAAAAAACAAACGAACAAAAUCACUUGAUUGCACAUUGCAGCUUCAGACUCAUUGUUGUGACUGGAAAAGGAUACUUUGUUUAUCGAUUCACCCAAAAUAAAAUGUUC